AUGAAGUACUUCAACGUUACAGUAUAUGGAGCUUCAGGUAAAAUCAAUGGAGCAGUGAAAUACUCUACCGAAAGAGAUUCAGACGAAAUUUUCUCUUUUACUACCUACGUCCAUGAUCUUAACGCUGCGAAUCGAUCAAUGAUCAUUCCAUUACCAGCAGUAGUAGAAUCUGGACCGAGAAUGAUCUGCUUGUAUGCUGAUGAGCAACGCGAAGAGCAGGCAGUAUGUCGUAUCAUCGACUACCAUGAGACCCCACUUGAGAUUGACAUUGAACACAACACUUGGCAUGAAAUGGUUGGAAGUUGCCCAACUUGCAAUCAAAUCAAUCUUACUGGUCUUUCGAAGUACUUGAACCCAAUGUCGUGGGUCAACGGCGUAUCUUCGCUAGGCGAAUUUGUCAUGAUGGCCACUGACAUACUCGUCUAUGUCUGUGUCCUUAUCGUGGUUUAUGUGGUGUUGACCAAAAUCGUCAUUCCCAUUUGCAAGUGCUGGAUUUGUCCGAUGUACAUAAUGUCUCGUUCUCGACAUUCUAAAUCAAAAAGAAGGGAGAAGGGCAAACGGAGAGAGGAAGAGGAUGAGGGGAUGAGGGUUUAG